CCGUGUCUGUGGGAGGAGAGCACAGGGGUGGGGACUGGGCUUGACCAUUCUCGCCUAUUUUAAUCGACUUUAGAAAUCUACUGACCUGGCUUGCUGUGAAUUGACACAAGCUUCGUUUUAAGCUAACCACGACCCAAUUGCAUUCAAGCAUAUAUAUAUAUUUUUUUUUUAAGUAUAAAUUACCCUGUAAUUAAAACAAUACUGUGCCCCCACCCACCGACCCCUCCCCCUCCAUCCUAAGCUCAAGUGCACGAAGGCAGAGCCGAGCUUCUCGUAUAUGUGCAAACCCGGGUGAAAUAACGCGAUCAGCCGCAUUGAAACUUGCAGAAGUGCACGCAGCAGACUGUCCGGUGAAGAGAGGCGUGCAGCCCCGGGUCCGAGAGAGCAUGGCUGCAGCGCAGAGUCAGCAAGGACUGCUGACUGUGGAACAGACCAAAGUGGUCCUGGCGGAGGUGCUCAAGGCUCUGGGCUCCCCCGACAGCGAGGCUCGGCUGCAGGAGGCUCGCGAGAGCGCCUGCAAUGACAUGGGGAAGAUGCUGCAGUUCGUGUUGCCCGUGGCGACCCAGAUCCAGCAGGAAGUCAUCAAGUCGUACGGCUUCAGCAACGACGGCGAAGGCGUCCUGAAAUUUGCCCGGCUCGUGAAGGCGUAUGAAACUCAGGACCCUGAAAUUGCUGCCAUGUCACUCAAACUGAAGUCCCUGUUCCUGCCGCCCAUGACAGCCCCACCCCUCGGAGGAGGAGUCCCGUCGUCAUAGGGAUAGAGGGGAGAGUCAUCACAGUAGCCCAGUCCAGCAGUCCUGUCUCUCCCUCCUCUCCUCUCGCUCUCCGCAGCAGCCCUGACAUUUCCAGUGGCCUCUGUUUUAGUUUAAAUUUCCAGUCAUUGCUCUAUUUUCUAUUUAUAUUACUGAAUCUGACUGAAUCUGUCUUGCUGUCUGUUUCCCAGGAAUGUUUGCAAGUUCACAUUGUUCUUGGAUAGGUCAAAUAAAAAAAUAUAAAAAUAAAAAAAGAUAAU